GCCAAGUCCUUCCCUGUUGGGCCGGCCAGAUGUCACCCGCUGUGCCUGAGCUGCCUGCUGACUGCACAGUGAGAGGACUGCUCUGCUUCUCCCCAAUCCCAGCUACCUCGGUUUCCCUUCUUGAGAAAGAGGCAGAGGUCUGGGAGGUGACAAGCCACAGAAACUCCAGGAAGGUGUGUGGGCCACCUGGGGACAUCAGAUCCGUCUGUCAAGAUCAAUCACCCUAAGCCUGUCUGGGGAGCUCCAGGCUUGGGAGCAGCUGUGAAAGCCGCCUUUGUGCCUGAGGAGAAUGAGCUGCAAGGGGACAGGGGGCCCUAGCCCAGGGAACCCCUCGGACCCCAGCUCCUGAGACCAGCACCAGCAGGGAGGACCCCCAGCCUGGUCCCCGAGGCCCACCCAGGCCUGGUGCCCAGUUCGUGCCAUGGGAGCCACCCAGGGGAAGAAGAAAGAAUACUCACCUCAGGCCAUAUUUCAUAAUGAAAAUGAGAAGCAGAGACUAGAUGGUUCAGCCUCCAUGUACUCAGAGAUCCAGAGAGAGCGGGCAGACAUUGGUGGUCUGAUGGCCCGGCCCGAGUACAGAGAGUGGAACCCGGAGCUCAUCAAGCCCAAGAAGCUGCUGAACCCUGUGAAGGCCUCCCGGAGCCACCAGGAGCUGCACCGAGAGCUGCUCAUGAACCACAGAAGGGGCCUGGGCGUGGACAGCAAGCCAGAGCUGCAGCGUGUCCUCGAGCACCGCAGGCGGAACCAGCUCAUCAAGAAGAAGAAGGAGGAGCUGGAGGCCAAGCGGUUACAGUGCCCCUUUGAGCAGGAGCUGCUGAGACGGCAGCAGAGGCUGAACCAGCUGGAAAAACCACCAGAAAAGGAAGAGGACCACGCCCCCGAAUUUAUUAAAGUCAGGGAAAACCUGCGGAGAAUUGCCACGCUGAGGAGUGAAGAGAGAGUGCUGUAGAGCUGGCUGGUGGAGCCACGGCACCCCCACAGCCUGCCCCUGGCCCCCACACCCUCCUCCAGCGCUUCUGUAUCUGGCAGCCCUGGGCCCCCAGGCCUUGGGACAUCUGUGAUGUUCGCACUUGCUCCUGUAAAAAUGCAUUGUCCCAGAGGGCAUGCCUAUCCCCUCUCCACAAAGAAGGGGGUCUCUAAGACCCCAGGAUUUUCCUUCUAAGCACCUACCCCUCCUGCUCCAAGAGGAAGCCACUACUGGGAAAAUUUUCACAAGGCAUCUCUCCCUGAGGGGGCUUCUGAGCCCCGCUGAGAUUUCCCUGGCUGAGUGGGGAAGGGAGGAUAGGGGCCUCCCUGGCCUGACAAGCCCUCCAUUCUUCCCAGGCCCCCAUGGGGCCCUGCUUCUCUGGGCAGACUGACUCCAGGUCUCAGAGAACUUCCCUGCCCUUGAUUUUACCUGCAGCCAGGUGUGAAGCAACUAAUCAGAGCAUUUCGGGACACCUGCCUUGAAGGCCACCAGAGGGGAAAACAGUUCAAGUGCAGCUGUCCUUAGUGAGGAGGGGCACGCAGUGCAGCCUGCAGGUGGCUUUCUGGCUCACAUCAUGGUAGGUGGGACGGAUACUAACAAAGACAGCUUCUUAGAUUUUCCAGCCUUUCCGACACACCCUCUCCCCUCCACAGCCCUCCUUGUCCGGGCCUUGUAACCACACCUAGUGAGGCCGUCAGCCCUGCUGCUCCCAGAUGUCUAGAACAGCGCCUCUCAAACUUCAUCGUGCCUAUGAAUCACUGGGGAUCUUGUUAAAAUGCGGCUUCUGAUUCAGUAAAUCUGGGGUGGAGGCUGAGAUUCUGCAUUUCUAACAAGCUUCUAGAACCACAUUAAGCCGCAAAGCUGAAGCAUCCAGGGGUGCUAAAUAUUGGAAGCAUCAUCCCAGAAGCCAUCUCUGCCCCCCAACUCCCAUAGACCUGUGCCCUGGGGGUUCCCACCCACCUCUGCAGCCCUCAGGGUUCUUUAUUAUCCAGCCCACCCCAGGGACCCCAAGCCUAGCAAAUUAUGUCAGAUAUGUGACUGUGACUUUUACCAGAGAGGUAUAAAACUGCCAAUCUGCAUUUCCUACCAUACUGUUACGAUGCAAUGUAGCCAAAAAUAUUUUACUUUUUCCUAAAACCUAUGGAGAGCAGAUCUACAGUGUUUUCCAAUAGGUUUCUGGAGAUAUAAACAGUGGAUUGAAGACCCCACUAUGACCCGUACAGACUAGCCCUUUGAGUCCCCAUUUUCAGCCUCUGAACCUGAGACCCACCCCUACUUGGUUUUUAUCGCCUGGGCCAGCUCCAGUGACUUUCAAAAACCCCUCCCAUUCAAGACUAAAUGUUUUCACCUUUUGCUCACAUUUUUAAAGAUUUAAAGAAUAAAUCGGGCCUGGGUUUUUUUUCCCCCCCUGAAGAAUAAACCCUGCCUCCAGCUUUGUAAACCCACCAUUGAAGGUGACUGAACAGGGCUGGGAAAGCAUUUCUUUUCACUCCCAAAACUGCCAGAGAGAGCUGCCCCUGGGAUGCUGUUUGAUUCUUGACUAGUGGUGGGACCUGCACAAGGGAAGGGAUCAUCCUGGUCUUCCUCCAGACUGCAUGGUUUGCGGCGGAUCAGAGACAUCCUUUUCCUAUGCACAGUGCUGGUAGAGAUGUAAAUAGAGACCUGCUGCCUCAGAGAGAGAGAGAGAGAGAGAGAGAGAGAGAGUGUGUGUGUGUGUGUGUAAGUUGAGCUCUAAAAGGCUCUCAAAGGUGAGGGUGUAGUACCGCUGUUUUAAAUGUCUGCUAGGUGAGAUGAUGCUCAGGAUGUAUUAUUCUUCAUAAAGACCACCACUUCCCCAAGGAAGCCACCUUGGAGGUCAAUGUGUUGUUCAGACGUGUGAAGAGAAGCAUGACAGUGUCUAAGCUGGAGCAGGCCCCUUAGCAUUUCACUCAGGUUACCAGCCGUGCUUCAUGGAGGUGGCAAGUCACAGAGGCAAAGCCCUAGAAGUAGAAGGGACUUCAAGUACCACUAAUCCAGUGGAACCACAGCCGACACCCCUGCUCGUUCCCCAGUGGUCAGACCCAAACCUCUCCAGCAGCCUCCCACUGCAGAGGUUUGUACAUCCAGAUUCUCACUGUUCCAGCCUCCUUUGCAGCCUGGGGUGAGCAUGUGACCAGGUAUGGGCAAUGAAAUUGAAGAGAAAGUCUACAGAGACUUCUGGGAAAGCUUAUGCUCUUCUGAUAAGGGAGACAGGCAAUAGGUAACAAACACCUCCAUGUCCCUCCCUUCCUACCUUGAUUAAGGAUGUGAUGCCUGGAGCCACAGCAGCCCUCUUGCUACAGUGAGAAAAAGGCCAAGAGGAUCUCAGAGACAUUGACUAUCAUCAUUUGACCAAGCCAAUGCCAGUAACCAUGCUCCUCCAGGAUUAUUGUAAAUAAAAAUAAAGCUUCCUUUGUUUAA